AUGGAUUCACAGCAACAUCAGCAGUCCCUUGGCGAUAGCAGCAGCCGACAGGCGCCGGAGUUGCAACAUCACCAACACCAAUAUCAACAUCAAGAUCCAGAGUCUUCUUCUCAUGUAGAGACUUCUCAUGUAGAGCCUUCUUCUCAUCUGCAGACGCCCGAAGACAGACCGGUAUCUUCUGAUGCACCGUCUCCGCAAGCAGCGGACUCGAGUGACGAUGACGGCUUCGACGAGGCCUAUGCAGACGAAGGGGAGAUGUUCAUAGGUGACGAUACAAAGACGCUGUCGACGUAUAUAACGAAAUAUCGCUACGAAAACGGCCGGCGAUACCAUUCAUACCGUGAUGGAGCCUACUGGGGCCCAAACGAUGAGAGCGCAAACGACCAACAGGACCUCGCACACCACAUGUAUCUCUUGACCCUGGACGGCAGGCUGCACCUUGCGCCCAUCUCUAACCCACAGGAAAUCCUAGAUGUUGGCACCGGCACCGGCAUAUGGGCAAUCGAUAUAGCGGACGAGUAUCCCAGCGCAAAGGUCACCGGCGUCGACCUCUCCCCCAUCCAGCCCAGCUUUCUCCCUCCAAACUGCACGUUCGAAGUGGAUGAUGUCACCCUCUGCCCUUGGACGUAUCCUCAAAACCACUUUGACUUCAUCCAUAUACGAGAAAUGUUCGGCUGCAUACCCGACUGGGACGAGUUCUUCCAACAGUGCUACCAAUGCUUGAAACCUGGUGCUUAUAUCGAGAUUGUCGAACAUUCCGUUGAGCCUACCUCGGAUGACGGUUCCGUCGGACCCUCUCAUUUCUAUACCCUAUGGGGGAAAACGGUCGUCGAAGCUGGCGCUACCUUUGGCAAGUCAUUUACCAUCUGGAAGGAAAGCAAGGAGCGCCUCAAACGGGCUGGCUUCAUUGACGUCGUCGAGGUAGAAUACAAAUGGCCAAUGAACGGGUGGAGUAAAGAUCCCAAACUACGUGAGCUUGGUCGUUGGAACCAGGUACGACUGCAUGGUGGAGUCGAAGGCUACAUGCUACGACUCUUGACCACCGCAUUACAGUGGCCGUACGAAGAAGCCCAACUCUUCUUGGCUCAGAUGCGAGCCGCUCUACGAGAUUACAAAACAAACGCAUAUCUACCAGGAACAAUAGUAUAUGCCCGAAAACCUACAGACGAGUCAUGA